AUGUUCAAACGACUUUUAACUCAACCAUUAAAAAAGACUUCACAACGAUUCUUUUCAACAUCAUUCCGAAACAAUCAACAAAAUAAUGGAUCGAGAGCUCCAAGAAAUUUCUUCAAUAUUGAUUUGAGAACCUUGAUGAUUUCUUUGGCUGUGAUUAGUAUGGGUGUUGGAGCAUAUUAUAAUCACAAGACGAAGGAAAGACAAUUAGAAUACAAGGAAAAGAGACGAGAGGAAAGGAAGGAAGCCAUUCAUGAAACAAAAGAAGUUGUGGGUGAGAAAAUUAACAAGGCAAAGAAUUGGAUAAACUCUAAGAGAAAUAAGUCAGUAAAUGUGGAAACCAACAAUGAAGAGGAUAAGAAAUAA